AUCCAGGAGCGAAAGCGGAACGUGUUCAGUGAGUUCAGUCUCCGUUUAAAGAGAACAGAGAAGGAGGAAAAGUUAAAUAAACACCAAUAAAAAGAAGAAACGAUGAGAAGUACCACAAGGGUUCUGAUGACUCAAGAGAAGAGAAGAAUCCAAAAGGAACCAGCAGUGCACAGGAUUCCAUCAUGAGGUCUGCACGCCUUGAGGUUACACUCAUCAUCUUCCCCAGUACUCCACUGAGGAACCCUUCACACUUGAAGAUGCUUCUGGCGUGCUUUUAAGCCUACACUUUGAGAGCUGUGCCUAAAAGUUGCUAAAAUCAAACCAGAUUUGAACGCUGAACCUAACUUCACAAGGACAACCACUUAACCUCUAAACCACUGCUCUGUUUAGGUGAUGUGAUGUGUUCGAUGUUGUAUUUAUAGUUUAUUUGGAAAAAAAACACUUUAAGGUAUGGAGGACUUGAACCAACAACCUUACUUCGCAGCAGCCUCUUAUCUCGUUGAGCCACUGCUCUAGAUUAUGUUGAAAUAAAGACUGUGGGUUGGACCUGUUCUGUGGGUUUGUGGUUCCACAGCAUCAGGCUGAACUGGGUUCAUGUUCUGUCAGGACUAAAACCUGGUUCCAUAGAGAACUGAUGAGGUGUUUGUACCUGUCUGAGCCUGUUUGACUCCACCUGAGGAAUGUGGCUCUGGCUCUGUGUGGUGAAGGCUACAUGCUACCUGUGCAGCUCAGUGUGUUCACAGACACUUGACUUCAGGAGCAGAGAGAGUCCAGUGUCACUAAUUACUGACUACACACACUGUGUGUUUGGACUAGUUCCUCUCAUUUAGUCGGUAAAGUCAAAGGUUUUAGGUCUAAACUGAGUUCAGAGCUGUGUGUAUCAGAGGAUUUCCACUAAACAAACAUAGGAAGCUUCUCCACCUUGUUUCCAUCUUUAUUGCAUCUCACGUCACACGUCACACGUUGAGUCUGUAAAGUCAAGUGUGAAAUCUGAGUGUUCAACUCAGUGAGAUGAGACCAACAUCAUGACAAACAACCAUGAUAAACUCUAGAUGUGUAAACAUUCAUCCAGGGACUUGUUGUUGUUCGUUCACAUGAUGCAGUUUAUGGAAAAGAGCAGAAACUAAACCAUUAGUGAUGUUAAACAAUGAGUCUGGUCUGUGUUCACACAGAGUUAUGAUCACACUAAUGAAGACUGUAGCUAAAGUCCUGCAGGAAAUGUGGAAUAAUGUCUUUGUCUAACUUUACUAUGUCACUCAUGGCCUUCAUGUGAAGCUCCUCAAUGCCUGAAGUCACUCAAAGUGACCGUAACACAGUUAUUUUACUUAAGAGUAUUUAUGUGCAGACAUAAUGAAAACAUAUCAAAAGGCAGCACAGACAGUGCAGGUUCAGCAGCUUGAUUCUACUUUUCCAUCCAUCGCUGUACAUCUGGUUCUGAAACACACACUAAUAGUUGAACUUCACCUGGACGACAAACAGACAGUUUAACAGCAUCAGUGAACAGGUUGAACUCCACCUCUGCUUCUUCCCUCUGUGAUGGAGCUGCACUCCUACAGUACAAACUUGUAGUUAGAGGACGACCUCCCUACCAGCUGUGUUUAGAUGGAACCAUGACCUCUGCUGCCUUCUCCACCUGUACACAAUCUAUGAAGACACUUUCUCACAGCUACAGUAAUUGAACUCAUAACGCAUAUUUACUUAUUGUAUAAUCUUUUAUUUUACAGUUUCAAUACCCUGCUUAACUCGUUACCUGACACUGUAACUGAUGUAAACAUGAAAUAGUGGAACAGCCAGACAAAUGCUUUGUUGAAAAUCCUACUUCUUUCCUCUGAUUGAACAUAAAACAGCAUCUUUUAGGUAAAUAAAAUAACAUUGAGUUAAACAUUACAGUUUUAUUAGAUUAGUCCCAGCAGCAGCCAAGUUACUAAGAACAGAAUAUACGUAACAUAUUGGAAACAGUUUGGAUCUCUGUCAUCCUGUGGCUUUGCUGCUUUAUUACUCUGCUGAUUCAGAUCUCCUGGUUCUUUUUCUAACUUCGCCUGGUGUUUCACUAUGGGAAUCGCCUCGGCGUGACCAACCAUGGAAGCUCCAACGACACAACGUCUGUCAGAGACAGACGGGCCGAGCCGGUUUCUUAUAAACUGAGAGGGGGCGGAGCCUCAGUGAUCACGUGAUCCAGGUAUACGAGCGAAACCGAAGGUUUUCAGUGAGUUCAUACUCCAUUUAGAGAGAACAGAGCAGACGGAGGAAAAGUUAAAUAAACACCAGAAGGAAGAGGAAUAAACGUUGAGGAGAGGAUGAGUUUUUGUGUGGAGGAAGAGGACGGAGCAGAGUCUCCAGGAUCCAGAUGUGUGUCUAUGAAGAAUGACUGGUCCAGAUGUGAACCUCCAUCAUUCAGUCCUGAACCUGGAGCCUCAGACACAAAAGUCCAGGACCAGAGACAAAAAGCAGAACCUCCAGGACCCAGCUGUCUGUCUAUAAAGAGUGACCGGUCCAAAGAUGAUCCUCCAAACCUCAGUAAUGAACCUGGAGCCUCAGACACAAAAGUGGACCAGCAGAGCUCAGAGGUUCCCAGUGCUCAGUCUGUCCAGCAGCACCAAACACACCUGGACUCCAUAUUUAUGCUGCUGGAGGAAAACAUUGUCACGUUUGUGAAAAAGGAGCUGAGGAAGAUCCAGAAGGUUCUGAGUCCAGAUUACCCAGAAUGCUUAGAGAGUCAGAGGGAGGAUGAGGAGGAGAUGGAUGGUGAGGAUGAAGAGCAGAGGAGGAGCAGCAGAGACGCGUUUCUGAAGAUCACAGUGAACUUCCUGAGGAGGAUGAAGCAGGAGGAGCUGGCUGACUGUCUGCAGAAUCUGAUGGUUCCAGUACCAGAGCCACGGCCCAUCACAUAUUACCAGCAGAUGCUUCAAUCAAACCUCCAAGACCAGUUUGUGUGUGUGAAACCAGGCUGGUCAGAAGUCGACCAACAUCUGGAUGACAUCUACACAGAGCUGUACAUCACAGCUGGGCCAGAUUCACACAUCAACACACAACAUGAGGUCCAAAAGCUUGAGACGACACAGCAGAAGCAAAGAUCAGCAGAGGAGCCAGUGAAGCCCAGUGACCUGUUCAAACAUCCCCCUGGUAAAUACAGACGCAUCAGAACAGUGUUGACCAAUGGAAUCGCUGGGAUUGGAAAAACAGUCCUUUGUGAACAAGUUUGUGUUGGACUGGAACCCAACAAAGGUCCAAUCAAGACGUGCAUCUGAUUUUCCCCUUCACCUUCCGUCGGCUGAAUCCACUGAAGGGACAGAAGUUUACUUUGUCAGAGCUCAUUCAUGAAUGUAUCCCAGAAACUGAGUCCAUCAGCCUGGAGGCUCUGAAUUACAUCUUUACACAUCUACAGUCAUCAGGAAACAGCAACUAUGACAAGAGCAGCUUCAAACUUCUGUUUGUGUUUGAUG